GCCUGUAGUUGCGCUUGCGCCUGUGCUUGAGGAUGGGCUGGCGGCGGGUCCGGGUCUGCAGGCUGGUUCUGUGGGCGGCGGGCCAUGGUUGGUUGGAUUGAGCUGCGCCGGCCUGGGGCGCUGAGCUGGAGGGGGUGGCAGUGAGCGGAGGUUGCGGGCUCGAUUUGACUGAUUGGGGAGUCGGCAGGAGGCAGGCGGAGUGCACCUUCCGGGCAGCCGUAACACGCGAAGCUGGAAGGAGGCCAACCAACCCAUCUCGCCCAUUUCACAGAUUUGCAAACUCAGAUCCAGAGAUAAGAUUUUUACUUUCCCGGUGUGUCGAAGAUAGUUUAAGGAAUGCCCUUGCUGUUAUUUGUAGGACAGAUAGACAUCUGACCAGCCUCUCCACUUCUGCAUCCCAGGUUAUUCAUUCAACAAGUAUUUAUUGAGCACUUCCAUGGGCCAGGAGCCAUGCGUGGCCAGUGGAGCCUGCUGUUGGGCCCCGCCCGCCUCUGCCUGCGCCUGCUUCUGCUCCUGGGCUCUAGGCGCCGCUGUCCCCCUCUGCUCCGGGGCCUGGUGCAGCGCUGGCGCUAUGGCAAGGUCUGCCUGCGCUCCCUGCUCUACAACUCCUUCGGGGGCAGUGACACUGCUGUCGAUGCCGCCUUUGAGCCCAUCUACUGGCUGGUGGACAACGUGAUCCGCUGGUGCGGGGUGGUGUUCGUGGUGCUGGUGAUUGUGUUGACCAGCUCUAUUGUGGCCAUCGCCUACCUAUGUGUCCUACCCCUCAUCCUCCGAACCUACUCAGUGCCACGACUCUGCUGGCAUUUCUUCUAUAGUCACUGGAAUCUGAUCCUCAUCGUCUUCCAUUACUACCAGGCCAUCACCACUCCACCUGGAUAUCCACCCCAGGGCAGGAAUGACAUCGCAACAGUCUCUAUCUGUAAGAAGUGCAUCUACCCCAAGCCAGCCCGAACACACCACUGCAGUGUCUGCAACAGGUGUGUGCUGAAGAUGGAUCAUCACUGUCCCUGGCUAAACAACUGUGUGGGCCACUAUAACCAUCGGUACUUCUUCUCUUUCUGCUUUUUCAUGACUCUGGGCUGUGUCUACUGCAGCUACGGAAGCUGGGACCUUUUCCGGGAGGCUUAUGCUGCCAUCGAGAAAAUGAAACAGCUCGACAAGAACAAACUACAGGCGGUUGCCAACCAGACUUAUCACCAGACCCCACCACCCACCUUCUCCUUCCGAGAAAGGGUGACUCACAAGAGUCUUGUCUACCUCUGGUUCCUGUGCAGUUCUGUGGCACUUGCCCUGGGUGCCCUGACUGUAUGGCAUGCUGUUCUCAUCAGUCGAGGUGAGACUAGCAUCGAAAGGCACAUCAACAAGAAGGAGAGACGUCGGCUGCAGGCCAAGGGCAGAGUUUUUAGGAAUCAUUACAACUAUGGCUGCUUGGACAACUGGAAGUUAUUCCUGGGUGUGGACACAGGAAGGCACUGGCUUACUCGGGUGCUGUUACCUUCCAGUCACCUGCCCCACGGAAAUGGAAUAAACUGGGACCCCCCUCCCUGGGUGACUGCUCAGUCAGCCUCUGUGAUGGCGGUGUGAGCUGGAUUCUGUCAGCCACAACUUGAGCAUCACCCUGCUUUCUGCAUUAUCUCAAGGCCUCCAAGGAUAGCUUCUUGGAAUCCUUGAGCAAAAAGAGCCAGUGGGCCUGCCUUAGGGUACCGUGCAGGGACAUCUCAAGGACCUAUCUCCUGGCCACUGCAGCAGCAAGGCACGAUGUGGAAAAAAUCCUAGGACUGAUGUUCCUUUACUCAGGCAAACAGAAGUUCCAGCCACAGACUGGAGAUUAGGCAGCUAGCAACCUUGCCGGGUGCUGACCCCAACCUCCAGCUUACAGCACUGGAGUUGGCCACCACCUCUUCCCCGUGCUGUCUGAGACAAUACCUGAAUGGUCGAACUGAGAUUCUGCCUUCCUAACAGGGCAAAGGUACCAGGCCUGCUGCUGAGGUCACUGCCACUUCCCACAUGCUGAAGGGAGCAAAAAUAAAGAACCCAUUCCAACGCCUUACCCAGAGCAGCAGUGUGAAGGCCUGUCUACGAUAGGACCCAGAGGCCAGCCCAGCCUCCACUUUGUCCACAGCCAGCUGUAGGAAUUCAUCCAGCUGUUGCCCUAAAAAGGAGG